AUGACAGUAAUGUCAACAUCAGAGAACACAACAACUGCUAUCGUUCAUGAAGCCAUAAAUGAAGAAUACGAGUACAUACAAUAUAACAAACAACUUCGCCUCAUUCGUUCGGUCAAAGAUGACAUGUACCAAAUGCAAAGUAUAAUGAAUGCUCUUCGUUCUACAAAGCAAGCAUAUCAUUGGUUUGAAAACCAACAGACAAAAGAAAUUUUAGAAGAAUUUCCUCAUAUGAUUGCUUCCCUCGGAAAACCGAGAGAAGAGAUUCCGUAUGAAAAUUCCUGA